CCUCCUCUGGGAUCCGGGCAGAAGACUCUUAAGGGGGCUCACGGCGCAGCGCGAGGCCAGUCCGAGAACGCGAUCCUAACACUAACAUCCGGUGUAUUCCGAGAGAGAGAGAGAGUGAGAGAGAGAGAGAGAGAGAGGACGAGAGUCGGAAACGGAAACGACUGACUGUUUGAUCGCCUCACUGCCAGCACAGUAAUCGGCACGCUAACAUGAAGAUCAUCCUGUUGCUCUUCGUCGUCGCGGCCUUCGCCUCAGCUCAGAGGAUCACAACGAUCCAGCUGGAUGGCAUACAAUACUUUGUGUCACGAAUGAAUCCCUACAGUCCAGAACUGAAUUACUUCCUGGCGUAUCAGUAUUGCCGCUCGUUAGGCCUCCAAUUGGCAUCUUUCGAAACGAAAGAAAAGGCCGACACGAUGACGCAAUAUCUGAAGAACGCCGGUUACACGAAAUACGAUUUUUGGACCUCUGGCAACAAACUAGGCACUGACAUGUUCUUGUGGAUGAGUACAGGACUGCCGUUCAACGUCACUUUCGACUACAUGCUGAAGCGACCUGGUAACAGACCUGCCGACGUACCACCCGGCACCGAACCUCAGAGGGUAGCGCGUGAAAGUGGCGACAGCGGCAGCGCGGACGGAUGCGUCGCGAUGGUAGCACCUACGUUAGCCUGGGAGGCGCAGGAUUGCACUCUCGUGAAGGACUUUAUCUGCGAGCAAACAAGAUGCUACUACUACAACUACGGCAGCAUUCCAGUCUCCGCGACUCAGGGAAAUCACAGGCCCUAUAUCACGACCACCUCGGCGCCAGCCAGCGACGACCAAGCGAGUGAUCACGAAACUGACAGCACCAACAUCGACGAUCACCAUGCGGGUAUCAACGCUCAAAACGAGCAUGAGGUGGCACCACCGGAAGCGGAUACAUCCGCGGAUGAGAAACUAUCAGAGGACCCGGUCGUCAACAGGCUAAUCACCACGGCCGCUCCCGCAUCUGGCAAUCAGUAUCAACAGCAGCAGUAUCAACACACGGGAACGACGGCAGCGGCGACGUCGCUGUUCGACGACGGUAAUGAGCGCGAGCGCACGGCCGUCGGCGACCUGGACAAUAUGAGACCGGAGCACAUCCCGGACAUCGCGAGCCUGUUCACCGGGCAUGUCGCUGUGACGUCCCAAGCGCGCAAAGACAGCGUUUUCGACGGUCUCGAGACUCGCGAGGUCCUGCGGCCAUCGGUCUCCCGUCCCGUUGUCUCCUCCGCCCCCUCCUCCUCCUUCUCGUCGGAGAUGAAGAUGGAGCAUCGCGAGUCCCCUGACUACGGCGACCUGGCCACGGAGACUGAAUUACCGAACAAUGGUCUAGAGGACGCUCAUACGAUUGGACCGUACGACACCGCGCAGGAUUACGUAAACGAUCAACCAGUGGACACGGCGGCGUCGUCGGCGGACUCAGCGAUGAUGAAGGACCAGGACGACGACAGCAGCACGAUCCUGCCAGAUGCGGAACCGGCCUAUAGGUUCAACAUCAAAGUGCGCACCAACGGCAAAGUAUUAGACCCUCCGUCCAAGUAACGCUUUACUUCUUCCUAGGCAACGUCGCGUUAUUUCGUUUUAUAAGUGACAGAAACAAAUCGACAUUUUUGAGGAAUUAGGUAUAUAUAUAUAUACAUGUAUAUGUAUAUUAUAGUGCGUUUUGCACACGUGACACGAGCGAGCUGUCGCUGUUAUGCGGAUCAAACAGAUUGCUACCGUUGUCGCCGCUCGCCGUUUAGCACUAACUUUAAGGCGUACCCGAUACAUUGCUCAUAGUUUCGAAUCAGAGAGGCACUAUUAUCAGCUUUCUCGGUCGGCGGCAGGCAGAGAUGAUUAUUUCAAACCCUUGAAAUUUCGGUGUUUGAAAGGAACGAGAAUGAGUUACACCGUGGCUCCGAAACGAUAUUAUCAAAGAUGUCGAAAAGGAAAACCGUAAUGUCAAUCGAAAAGACGAAUUAUUCUCCUGCCGACGUUACUCGACAAGCUUUUACAUUUUCGCAAGGGCAUUUACUUGAUUAUUCAGCUCUCAUUUUCUAUCAUCAAUGACGCCGGCGGAUAUCUCAUUAUCAUCACAUUACAUUUAUUCCUCGUUUCUAUCUCAUUAAAUUCUCAUUUUCAGCAUUAAUAACAAAGUUUAGACAAAAUAAAGAAACGAAAAUAAAAGUCCAAUGAUUCAUAAUUUAAUUAGAUUGCCAGCUUCCGUCAGCGUUUCAUAUCUUUAUAAGGUGGUAAUCAUCAUCAUAGUUAACAUAUCUAUACGUCUGCAAGACGAAACGUUCGACAGCCAAACGAUUCCCAAAAUAUUUUGGAAUACGUAAUGGACGUCGUGAAAGCGAUCGCCGAGAGUUGAUCGUAAAUGUUUCGGUCAUCCAGACGUAUGAUGAUCGGUGUACGUAGUUUCAUCAAUGAGAAACGUUGCUCUCUAGCUAUACGGUAAGUCACUUUCAUAUUAAUUUUGUGUACAACGGCACGAAUGUGCGACUUGUGUACUAAACUUUAAUAAA